AUGAGGCUUUGGCAACAAUUAUGUUUACAGGACUUGACUGUGCCAUGGUUGAUUAUAGGGGAUUUUAACUGUGUUUUGCGUGGUGAUGAGAAAAAAGGAGGUAAGGAACCUCAUACUUCUUGUAUAAAUGAAUUCAGUGAUUGGAUGGAUGACAAUAAUUUGUUUGAAGCGGAUUCGUUGGGUUGUAAACUCACUUGGACGAAUGGACAAUCUGGUACAAGACGUAUUCUUAGCAAGUUGGAUCGUGCUAUUAUUAAUGAAGCCUGGUUAAAUAAAUUUGCGAAUUGGCGGCGUAAAGCUCUUCCAAGGGAGGUUUCUGACCAUUCGACUCUUUUUGGUUUUCCUUUUGUUGCUCUAAGGCCAAAACAUGCUCCUUUUAGAAUUCAGAAGAUGAGGUUUACACAUCCUGAUUUUUUGAGAAUGGUUAAAGCUUCUUGGAAUGCUCCGGUCUAUGGAAAUCCUGAUUUUCUUUUUCCUUUCACAUUGAAGCGUUUGAAGGAAGCAAUUAAAUUGUGGAAUCAAACAGUUUUUGGUAAUGUUAAUACUCGUUUUAAGCAGGCUCAACUUAAAUUUGAGGUGGCUAGUAGGAAUUAUGAUGAGGAUCCUCAUGAUGAAUAG